AUCCUUGGUUGUAACGACGUCGAAUGUAGAUUUUUCAAAAACAAGCUGGAUAUGCACUUUGAUCAAAAAUAAUGUUAUCAGGAAACUUAAAAACGUUACCAGGGGACUUCAGAACGUAUUAUUUGUUCUCACAAGAUUUUCCGAGACUAAAAUUGAAGUUUGAGCAAAAAUAAUGUUACCAGGGGACUUUAAAACGUAUUACUAGUUCUCAUAAGAUUUUCCGAGACUAUAAUUGAAGUUUGAGCAAAGAUAAUGUUACCAGGGGAUUUCAGAACGUUGUAUUACUAGUUCUAACAAGAUUUUCCGAUACUAUAAUUGAAGUUUGAGUAAAAAUAGUGUUACCAGGGGACUUUGGAACGUUGUGUUACUGUUUCUCACGACAAUGUGCUCUAGGAAUAUAAUUGAAUUUUAAACAGUUUCAAUCAUAACAAUUUUAUGAGAAAAUACCAGAUAUGCAACCUGAUUGAAUAAUGGGAUUCUAGAGUGAAAUUUACUUUUACUAAUUAUAUAAACAAGAUGUCAGGUGGACCACCUCAUCAUCCACAUAAUAGGCAGAUUCCAACGUCCAACCUUGCCAAUACUGCUUGGAACCAUUUGCAGGUACCAAAUUAUUUUCCAAGACAGCCUCAAGUGGCACACAUGUCAAAUGAGCAUUCCUUACUUCAUCAACCGACAUGGCACACCCCGACGACAGAAGCCUUGAAAAUACAUCCGCAUAGUCACGUCCUAAGUGAAAUGUUCAAAAAUGAAACUUUAUUUCCAAGAGACAGAGACUGUGUAGAUUUAAGUUUGGCAAGAAACGGUAAUCAAAACGGCGAACUCCCACCAGUUCCAAUAAGUUUGAGUGUUAGAGAUACAAAUAAAAUAAACAGUUUACCCCCUAGUGCUUUAGAGAUACAGGCAGUAGAACUUACGAAAAGUACCAGUCCAAUUGCAAAAGUCGUCACUCCAGCAAUACAAUCCGCUAGUCCUAAUAGAAAGUCUUUAAGUCCUGGUUUGAAAUCUUCUAGUCCUGGACUUAGGACCGUUCCACCAUAUCCAAAAACUUCUAGCCCCAUAUUAAUAUCCACAGCCUCGAAUAUUUUCCCACCUAGUUCCAGUAUACUUUCAACUACUAGAAAUAUUAAUCAAAAUCUGGUAUCAAGUUCGACUUUAAAAUCUGCAAGUCCUGUUCCAAAAUCCGUUAGCCCGGGACUCAAACCUUCUAGUCCUGGUAUGAAACCUGCGAGUCCCGGUAUAAAGUAUGCCCCUAACAUACAGACUUUAUUUCCAUCUACUACCGCAACAUUAGACGUAGUAAAGACAGUUCAAAAGAGAUCUAAUAUUAGAGUAGAUUCCAUAUUGGAACGACUCAAUCCUACCUUAGAUAAAAUAGUAUCGGUUCAAGAAAAUAAACCCGAAGAAAAACUUAAUAAACCCCAAGAAGUAGAGCAAGAUAAACCGGUGAGCGUUAUUGUUCAACCAACGGGCAAUUUCGAUGAUAAUAGCAACUCUAGCAGUAUUAAUAAUAUACCGGCGAUGUCGAAUGUUAAAGAUGAUGAUACUGUUUCUACUAAUAGCAAUGACGAUAGUUUAGAUAGUACAAAAUCCCGUAGGAAACGCAAACCCAGUAAAACUAUUAGAGUAUCCAAAGAUGAAGAGAAAACCGAAGAACCAAUAGACACAGAUGCCCCGAUUAAAGAAGCCGCAGAAGAGAAAGAUCCAAUUAGUGUGAUGGGAGAGAUGUUGGAAGACGGUAAAAAUCUGGAUAAAGAAGAAUUACCGAGUGAUCUUGAUGAAUUGAUUCCGGCGAAGGCUAGACGUAAAACUUCAUCGGAAUCAGAAACCAUAGAUGACAUAGCAGCUAUGGUACAAGAAGGUCUGAUAGAAAAAGAACAAAAACAGCAAAAGUGCUCGGAAAAUAUCGUAGAGGAACCGAAACUCGAUACCGAAGCCAAACCGAUAUCUGUAAGCGUUAUCAAAACAAAGGAAAAUCUUACUGAAGUUUUAUCGGAUAAUAGCAGCAGUAUUCCUGUUUCAUCUGCCCCCCCUGUCGCUACACUGGCCGCCAAAAAAGCCAACACACAUUUUGUAGAAGUAGAAAAUAAAUUGGAAGAAAUGUUUGCAGGAAUUGAAGAUUCAAGCGAUCCGGUUAAAUCGACGAAUAUCGAUUUGGAAGAUUCCAAAAUUGAAGACCCUUUAUUGAAACUCGACGACCCCUUGCCGUCUAAUAACGAACCCAAAGAAGAACCUAAAGACCAGUCGGUGGAAGGUGAAGAACCCAAUGUCGAGGAACAGAUCGGUUUUACGGAAGAAAAAAAAUCGCAACCAAAGAAACCGAAACGUAUACAAGGUUCAGAAUCGACGCCGAAGAAAAAGAAGGCGAGUAAUAAGUCGAAGGGCCAACCGAAAAUCGGAAAUAGUAAUAAGAAAACGGCUAAACAAAAAACAGGGGGGAAAAUAGACCAGGGGGUAUCUAAAGAUAUUUACGCUUACGAUUCCGGUAGUAAUACCAGUUCGACGAAAUCCAGAGGUCCUUUUAUACAAAUCAAGGGUCCCAGGGAUUCGCCUUUAUCUGUUAACGUGAUCAACUCUGCAGCCAAUGAAGAAGACGGCGAAAGAAAAUUACCCAAAUCCAAAAAGUUCCACGACGAUACGGAAUAUAGACACAAGGUUCGUUCCAAGGGGCUACAUUCCAGCACGCUCAGCAACAAGUAUGAUGCGCAGACGCGAGACGCCACGUGGAUAUGCGCGUUUUGUAAAAGAGGACCGCACGCCAGCCAAUUGACAGGACCAACUUUUGACAGGAAUAUCGAACCACCCGGUGAUCUUUUCGGUCCUUACUUUAUUACCACGCAGUGUCCAGAAUUUGAAAGGCGAUUGGACGAUCCGUACGAUAGACAAUUCAAAAGUAAAAAAGUAACGAAAGCCCUUGAUGAAGCAGCACUGGUAACCAAAGGUAAAAAAUCCAAACGGAAACAUUCCGAUAGUGACUGUAUGUCGGAAAGCGAAUUAUCUGAUAUAUAUUUGGGUAUAACGGAAACUUCAAAUAAGACAUACGAAAUUUGGGCGCACGAAGACUGUAUCGUGUGGUCUAACGGUACUUAUCUAAUUGGACCUAAAAUCGUAGGACUCGAAGCCGCAGUUUGGACUAGUUGUAACGUUACGUGUAAAUCGUGUCAUUUGAAAGGAGCCAAUAUAUUGUGUUUUAGACGGGGGUGUUUGAACGCUAUGCAUAUUUGUUGUGCCAGAAGCGAAGGCUGGCAAUUUUCGGAAAGUAAUUUCAAGGUGUAUUGUCAGGAACAUCGGGUUCCAUGACAAAAUCAUCAAUAAGUGUUGAAAUUUCAUAAAGAAAAGAAAAUUUAGCAACCGUUCCUAUUAUUUUUUUUUAACUUAAUGAAUUAUCAAAAUUUUUUGGAAAAAUUUAAUUAUUUCAUUGAAAGUUUGCUACAAUUUUUUCCUUUAUGGAUUUUUUUAUCUUGUGGAAACUGAAUUAUCUUAAACUCAGAUUUGAGGUUAAUUGUGAUGGUAUUUUGUAGUUUAGACCAAGUCGGUUUUUUUCUUAAGUCUUUUUAUUUUGAAAAUAGUGUGUUAUAAUAGAUUUUUUUAACCGUU